UUAUCUAGUUUUCAGGUCCUAGCUGAGAAGUGUGCUAACUCUAGCAGUCAGGCGCUGGGAGGGGAAGAGGAAAAUCUGUAGUUUGUUCCUGACCAGAAUAAGAAGGCUGUCGUCUCUCAGGUCAGAACGGCGUUUUUCAGCAUCCACCUCACCUGGAGCGAUACAUUUGGAAACACUUUCCGCAUCACCUUUUUUUUUUUUUUUUUUAGAUUAAACUAACGAUCACCUCCUUGUUGUGGAGCAAAUAUUCCGUUCGUUAAUAUAGUUUCAACAUCACGUGUUUAGGUGUUAUUUUGUUGUCCCUUUCAGCUCUAAACGGACAUGAUUUAUAAUUUUUACAUCAGGAUUUAUGUUCUGGUAGGCUACACCUUUUGAUGAUUUGAUGCGUGAUUCUGAGUCGCUCGCCCCUCCUCUCUGUGUUGCGCCUGAAAGCCAAAACAGCAGAGUUGGGCUUCAGUCAGACACCAAACACAGAGACGGACAGACCUCCAGAGAAUAGACGACACCGUCGAACGGAUCGAUGCAGAAACAAAGGAGUCCUAUUUCGUGGAUCUGUAUAAAAAGCCGCACCGGCGCUUUUGUUGCUGUAGGAUUGUGAGUAGACCCCUUUGGAAGUGGAUCUCUCUCCGUGAGGUGCUGCUGCACCAUGGAAGCUGCGAGUUGUGCACUAGGAUUGUGUGCGUUAGAUUAAACAGUGUGUGACAGGCUGCUAACGAUGGUUGAACCUUUGGGGUUUGUGGACGCAUGGAGAGCCCAGUUUCCUGAGUCAGAUCCUCCUCAGAUGGACCUGAGCUCUUUAGGGGUCAUUGAACAGGAGCUGGACAAAUGCAAGUCAUCUAUUAGGCACUUGGAGAAGGAAGUAAACAAGGAGCGCUUUCGGAUGAUCUACUUGCAGACUCUGCUCGCCAAAGAGAGGAAAUCCUAUGAUGGGCAGAGAUGGGGGUUUAAAAAGACACCUCAGGUAAGUGACAGGGAAAAGCCCAGUGGCUCAGAGAAACAGAGACCCUUCACAGAUGAAGCCUCAUCAGAGCAGCAGCAGAGGGGUCUCAGCAAGUCAGCCAGGAGCGAUGGACAUCAGGAUGAAGAGGCAGAUGGUUUGUCUCAGGUCAAACAGAAAGAGGGAGCGUCGCCUGUUCGCCAAGACCCGGAGCCUCCAGACUUCCCUGUGGGUACAGGCUCGGUGGCAGCUCUGAGAUCCAACUUUGAGCGCAUCAGGAGGGCCAACUCUCACACGGCAGGGGACAACAGGGGGCUUUCUGUGGUGGGCGGCCAGGAGAAACCCUGCUACGUAAACAUGGAGUACCACCAUGAACGGGGACUGGUCAGAGUCAACGACAGGGAGGUCUCAGACAAGAUAAGCACCUUGGGCUGUCAGGCCAUGCAGAUGGAGAGGAAGAGGUCCCUGCUGGGGAACCUGUCAGCUGCUACGGGGGACAUCAGCAAGCUGUUUCAGAGAGGCAGGUCUACCGAAGGAACCUGCAGCUAUAAUGGGUCACCAGAUGAUCCUGAGGUCAACUCACACUUCCUGAAAGACUGUAUGCUCAGGUCCACUGGGGGGAAGUCUGAGAGGCAGCCAGUGGAGCAUCAGCCUUACACCAGUGUGUAUGUUGGAGGGAUGAUGGCUGAUGGGGACACUCGAGUGAUCCACAUAAGAGACCACAGCAUAGAGGAGGACCCUCACCUCACCUGGCCACGGCGCUCCUACUCUCCUGGGAGCUUUGAUGAUGUGGGUGGAGGCUACACACCAGACUGCAGCUCCAACGAGAACCUGACCUCCAGUGAGGAGGACUUCUCCUCAGGCCAGUCCAGCCAAGUAUCCCCCAGCCCAACCACCUACCCCAUUUUCAGGGAGAAAAGCCGCUCCCCUUCCCAGCAGUCCCUUGACAGUGGAAGCCCACCCACACCUCUGUCACAGAAUUGUCAGAAGCAGCAUGGCGUUGCCUCCAUCGGGCUGCGUAAGAUGGGCCAGAUGUGGCCCAGUGAUGGGGACUCCACCACAUCCAGCAGGACCUCGCAUGACAACAGUGUUCAAGGAGAUCUGGAAGCUCCCUACAUCGAGAACCCUCCGUCUUACAGCUAUGACCUGGAGCCCUCUGAGGAGCAGCAGCCUCGCCACGAGUCUCUGUCCUUCACUGGAUCUCCUUCCUCUUCUCGGCGGCUCCGGUCCAGGAACCGGAACAGCCGAGACACCCAGUCCUCCUGUUCGCUGGAGUCCACACUGUCGGUGGAGCUGGACCAGGAGAAGGGACUGGAGAUGAGGAAGUGGGUUCUGUCGGGAAUUCUGGCCAGUGAGGAAACUUACCUCAGCCAGCUGGAGGCCCUGCUGAUACCCAUGAAGCCUUUGAAAGCCGCGGCCACCACGUCCCAGCCCAUGUUGACCUUCCAGCAGAUCGAGACCAUCUUCUUCAAGGUGCCUGAGCUUCACGAGAUCCACAAAGACUUCUAUGAGGCUCUGCUGCCCCGAGUCCAGGACUGGAGUCACCAGCAGUGCGUUGGUGACCUCUUCCAGAAACUGGCCAGCCAGCUCGGGGUGUACCGGGCCUUUGUGGAUAACUAUAAGGUUGCCGUGGAAACGGCAGACAAGUGCUGCCAGGCAAACGCUCAGUUUGCAGAGAUAUCUGAGAAUCUCAUUGUGAAAAGCACAAAGGACUGCAAAGACCAAUCUGCUAAAAAUUCUCUGGAGACGCUCCUCUACAGGCCCGUGGACAGAGUGACACGCAGCAUGCUCGUUCUUCAUGACCUGUUGAAACACACACCCUCCAGUCAUCCGGACUUCCCGCUGCUGCAGGACGCCCUGCGGAUCUCCCAGAACUUUCUGUCCAGUAUUAAUGAGGAGAUCACCCCCCGCAGGCAGUCCAUGACGGUCAAGAAAGGAGAGAACCGACAGCUUCUGAGGGAUCGCUUCAUGGUGGAGCUGGUGGAGGGCUCCAGGAAACUCCGUCACGUCUUCCUCUUCACGGACCUGCUGCUCUGCACCAAGCUGAAGAAACAGGCUGCAGGCAAAGGGCAGCAGUACGACUGUAAGUGGUACAUCCCGCUGGCUGACCUGACCUUCCAGACCAUCGAUGACUGCGAGUCCACUCCCAUCCCUCUUGUUCAGGAUGAGGAGAUCGAUGCGAUGAAGAUUAAAAUUUCCCAGUUCAAGAACGAGAUCCAGAGGGAGAAGAGGACGACUAAAGGACAAAAGGUGAUUGAGCGACUGAGGAAGAAGUUAUCUGAGCAGGAAUCGCUGCUGCUUCUAAUGUCUCCUAACAUGGCCUUCAGAGUGGCCAACCGAAACGGAAAAGGUUUCACCUUUCUGAUCUCCUCUGAUUACGAGCGAGCGGAGUGGAGGGAGAUCAUUCGUGAGCAGCAGAAGAAGUGCUUUAAGAGCUUCUCCUUGACCUCUCUGGAGCUGCAGAUGCUCACUAACUCGUGCGUGAAGCUCCAAACUGUUCACACCAUUCCAAUGACCAUGAACAAGGAAGAUGACGAAUCUUCUGGUUUGUACGGCUUCCUGAAUGUGAUCGUCCACUCUGCGUCGGGGCUCAAGCACAGCUUAAACCUCUACUGCUCCCUGGAGGUGGAUUCCUUCGGCUACUUUGUCAACAAAGCAAAAACCCGAGUUUACAGAGACUCCACAGAGCCCAACUGGAACGAGGAAUUUGAGAUUGAGCUGGAGGGCUCUCAGACUCUCAGGCUGCUGUGCUACGACAAGUGCUGCACAAAGACCAAGCAGAGCAGAGAGGAAGGAGAGACCUCCGACAAGAUCGUGGCUAAAGGACAACUAAAGUUGGAUCCUCAGACGUUGCAGAGUAAAGAUUGGCAGAGGACGGUCAUCUCCAUGAACGGGAUUGAAGUGAAACUGUCCGUGAAGUUCACCAGCAGGGAGUUCAGCUUGAAGCGAAUGCCUUCGAGAAAACAGUCGGGCGUGUUCGGAGUGAAAAUCAACACGGUCACUAAACGGGAACGCUCCAAAGUCCCGCUGAUUGUCCGCCAGUGUGUGGAGGAGAUCGAGCGGCGAGGAAUGGAGGAAGUGGGGAUCUACAGAGUCUCCGGUGUCGCCACCGACAUCCAGGCCCUGAAGGCCUCGUUUGACUCAAACAAUAAGGACGUUUCUGUCAUGAUGAGGGAAAUGGACGUUAACGCCAUCGCUGGAACGCUCAAGCUGUAUUUCCGCGAGCUGCCCGAGCCUCUCUUCACCGAUGAGUUGUAUCCAAACUUUGCUGGAGGCAUUGCUCUGUCUGAUAGUGUGGCUAAAGAGAGCUGCAUGCUCAACCUGCUGCUGUCGCUGCCAGAGCCAAAUCUGGUGACGUUCCUCUUCCUGCUAGACCACCUGAAAAGGGUGGCUGAAAAUGAGAGCGUAAACAAGAUGUCUUUCCACAAUCUCGCCACUGUUUUUGGUCCCACUUUGCUUCGACCUUCAGAGAAAGACAGCAAAACCCCAACGAGCUCCCAGCCCAUCUCACUGAAUGAUAGCUGGUCUCUUGAGGUCAUGUCUCAGGUUCAAGUCCUCCUCUACUUCCUUCAGCUGGAGAGCAUCCCAACUCCUGACAGCAAACGCCAGAGCCUUCUCUUCUCCACCGAAGUAUGACGGAAGCAUGACGCGUCCCUCUCUGAAGUAGAAUGUUGAUGAAGCUGCUGAGCAGCCACGUGUUGCUGCUUUACUCUGAUUAUACUUCCUACAGCCAUCGGGGCGCAGCCACCCUGCUCAAAGCCAUUGUCUUCAGAUAAUCUGUUUACUUAGUCCUGCUGAAUAAGAAGUCCCUCUAGGAUUUAUUGGUAUCAUUCCUUUUUUAAUUUAUUUUAAAUUUGAAGAAUCUUUAUUUUCUGUUUUUGGAUGCUCUGAUCCCCGUUCAGUCACCGGACACAGACGGGUGUUCAAACAGUUCCUGGAUGUUCUAAGAUUUUUCCUUUGUGGAUGAGGAGCUGGAUACAUACAUGCAUAUAUAUGUAUAUAUUUUUUUCCUAGAGCGUCUUCUUGGGUUUUGAGUUCACCUGUGCCAAUGUUCCCAUGCUGAAGUCCAAAAAAGCAUUUCAGUCCUCCUGAUGUUUACACUCUGUGAUUUUUGUACAGACUCUUAAACGCUAACUGUAGUCAGCACACAACAACAUGCAGGCAUGUUGGGCGAACCCUUUUCAGUCUUUUGUUGUAAAUAAUUUUUGUGGAGAUCGGGGUUCGUCUAGUGCUGCCUGGACAGGCUUUAAAGUAGAAGUGAGUGCUUUUUGAAGCCGUGCUGAGAAGCAAAAGGAAAAUCAUUCCAGGAAGUAAGCCCUGAUUCAUCUAUCCUUGGAAUGUUUUUGGUUCUGUUUAUCUUUUCAGUUUCAAAGCUGUAUUUUUCUCUAUUUAACAAUCAUUUCCACAUAUUUUCUAGAUUCUCUCUGAAGCUUUUGUUUAGCUGGAGGUAAAAUUUUGCUUUUUCUCUUUUUUUUCCAAGUUGUUUCUCCCCUGAAAUGACAAAAACCCGAAACAGAGGAAACAAAAGCAUCCUCUGAAAUGUUAAAUGUUUAAUUGUGAGACAUUCCAAGUGCAGCAGUUCACUCACGCCUAAAACCUCUGAUGUAUUCAGUGGCCUCUUAUUUUUGAAGGUCUGUGAAAAUUCAGUGUAAACAUGCACAUUUUUUCCAAAUCACUGCAAGUAGUCAAACAAACUAAUCCUGUCUUUGAAUCUCAUUAAUUGAGCAAUAACUCUGUAGGAAGACCACUGUGUCGCGUAUGCUUGAUUUAUGUAAAACCCUGCUAAUGGUUUAUUUUUGAGUCUUUCUUCUCAAUAAAAAUGUCUGACAAUAAAUCAAA